CUCGAAUCCUAUGAAUUUAGACCGCUCGAUCUCUACCGCUAUCUUUGACCGUACGAUCUGUCCCUACUUCGAGAUCUGACCGUCCAAUAUUGGAAUUUGAUUUCAAAAGUAGAGAGGGAGAGAGAGAAAGAAGGAGAAAGGCAUUCGCGUCUUCGUCGUCGCUCUCGUGCUCUAUAGAUUUCCAGCAUCCGAACAAUAAAAAUCCCAUCUUUAUCUCCCUGCGAUUUAGCCUCCCCGGCCCGCCGCCGCUUCUUGCGGCGGAUCUCCUCCUCUCGACUGUCUCUCGGACUCUGGAGAUUCCCGGAGACUAACUCCCCUCUUUGCCCCCUUUCCAGCUUUGGCUUCUUGGUCUAAGAUGUGUUUGCUCUUCCCGACUUGGGGAGGGUUUUAGAUACUUCGCUAAGGAGUACAAUUGGGAAGGAAUUAUUCGGAGGGCUUGACGAAUUGAUCCUCAGAUCGGCGUUACGAACGCCAAUGGAGCAAAUUGAUCAACCUACGUCAACGUCGCCCGAUGCCCCUCCUAGAAAACUCGUCCGCCAGCUGGAUUUCACGGCCUCGGUCUAUGGUGGAGGUUCCACUUCGGCGACAGUACCUGUGGCCUUUGAUCCGUCGCAGUCACACUGGCUACCUCUGCACCCGCCGGCUUCUCUGCCCAUGUCGCUUUCGUCAAUUUCUUCGAUUUCUGUAUCCACGGAUCUCUGCAGAAAGCCACAAUCACCCAAGUCAAGACAAGACACGCAACCAGUCUACAAUACUAAAGAUGGUACACCAACUAGAAAGAGGAAUUGCAACUGCAAACAUUCAAAAUGCUUGAAACUGUAUUGUGAGUGUUUUGCAUCUGGAGUUUAUUGUGAUGGCUGCAACUGUACAAACUGCUGUAAUAAUGUUGAGAAUGAAACUGUUAGGCAUGAGGCUGUUGAAGCUAUUCUAGAGCGCAAUCCUAAUGCCUUUAGGCCUAAGAUUGGUAGUAGCCCAUAUGCACUUCGAGAUAAUAGGGAUGAAUCAGUAGAACCUCCUUUGGUAGGACGGCACAAUAAAGGAUGUCACUGUAAGAAAUCUGGGUGCCUCAAGAGAUAUUGUGAGUGUUUUCAAGCCAAUAUUCUCUGCUCUGAUAAUUGCAAAUGUAUGGAUUGUAAGAACUUUGAGGGAAGUGGAGAGAGGAAAGCUCUAUUUCGUGGUGAUCAUGGAAGUGCACUUUACAUGCAACAGACAACCAAUGAUAGACAAAAUGAGGAUAUUGGUGCUCCCUUAUUACUUUCUCCUUCAGCAUCUAAGAAAAGGAAAAAUCAGGACCGAUUAUUUUCUACAUCAUCAAAGGAUCAGCCCGCUAAAAGUCUUGCACCCGUGGUACAGGCUAAGAGGUCUGCACAGCUUCAGUCUUCUACUUCCAUUCCUGUAGCUAGUUCUGUUGCUGCUCCAGUGGCAUCUAAUAAGGUUACAUAUAGGUCUCUUCUGGCAGAUGUAAUCCAACCAGAGCAUGCUAGGGAUCUGUGUAAGGUUUUGGUGGUGAUGUCUGAAGAGGUUGCCAAAAAGAUUGCUGAAAUGUGCAAAUCAUUAGCCUCUGAGAGGGUUGUUUUAUUUAUACACUCUCCAUCAACUUCUUCAGAGAGACGAGUUCAAGAGUCGGCCGAGCAGGAAGGUCAUGUUGAAAGUUUCCAGCACUCAGAUAAUGACAGCGAUACAAGACAGAAAGAUUCAGCUACGCAGAGCACUUUGGCAGACGAGUGUUCAAAUGGAAUUCCUAUUAACCAACCUAUCACCGAAGAAACUGGGUCUGAAUGUGGGGAAGCAGAAAAGGGAGGAAGGGUUAUGUCUCCUGGAACAUUAGCGCUAUUGUGUGAUGAGCAAGACAUGAUUUUUGCAACGUCUCAAGCUACUGCCAAAGAUCCAAGAUCCUCCAGCAACCAGAGUACAUCAGAGGUUUAUGCUGAGCAAGAGCGGGCUGUACUGAUUGAGUUCAGAGAAUAUCUCCUUAAGUUAGUCACCUAUGGACGAAGGAAAGUUGCAGAAGAGAAAUACACAUCUUUGCCUUCUCAGUAUGAAAAGCCUUGCCAUAUGGAAUCGGCUCUCAAUGGCAUUGCUACAGCUUCAGUUCCACUAACUGUGGAGAUAGCUCAGACAAGAAAAGUAGGUCUUCCUUAUUCUAAAUAUCCACCACCAGUUGGAUCGCAAAUCAUAGGAAAUGGAGACAUAAAAGCUGAGAUGUAAUCAAUUGGGCAAAGCUAAACAAUGCAUUUCUCAGAGAUAAACGCAUGCCUCCUGGAACAAAACUUAGGUGUGGAUCAUGAAAAACAGAUGCACUUGCCGUGAAAAUGAAAGUUGAUAUUGAAGAUAAAAGAGGCACACUGAGUAUUGAAGGAGUGCAUCAGGACAGUGAUGCAUUUACUGGCAUCUUUAGAAUUGUUAUUUUUUUUUUAUCACGAAUUACAGAUUCAAUGAGAUGUAGUUAAAUUCAAAAAAACAAUCCGGUAUUUAUUCAUAACGAAUAAGAAAACAAGUUGGGUUUAUGAAGUUGAACUUUUACAGAGUUUUUUUUAGUUAGCAUCAAGUGUACUUGUUGAUGGAUUCUGUGUCAUGCAUUUUUAAA